GCAGAAUUGCUCAUUAUUCCCUAAUUUUGACGUUCCUUCAUCUCUUGGUCAUUUGCUUUCUGUGUAAAUAACCGAAAUUCUUAUGAGAAUCUUAAUCUGAAUUCAUCCUAGUGAAAAAUUAUCUUUUUCACAUAUAAACCAUGUCGGGUUUUCCAGGAAGCAUUGCCUUUGAUGAAUAUGGCAGACCUUUUAUUAUUUUGAGAGAUCAGGAUAAACAAAAAAGACUAUCCGGCUUAGAUGCCUUGAAGUCACAUAUUAUGGCAGCAAAGCAAAUUGCUGCAACCGUUAAAACUUCUUUAGGUCCUAAAGGAUUGGAUAAAAUGAUGGUAUCCUCAGAUGGGGAAGUUACAGUCACUAACGAUGGUGCUACAAUUCUGAAAAUGAUGGAUGUUGAGCAUGAAAUUGGAAAAUUGUUAGUUCAGUUAUCCCAAUCGCAGGAUGAUGAAAUAGGAGAUGGAACUACAGGAGUAGUAGUUCUUGCUGGUGCUCUCUUGGAGCAAGCUAGUGCUUUAAUUGAUCGUGGUAUCCAUCCAAUUAGGAUUGCAGAUGGAUAUGAACUUGCUUGCGAUGUGGCUGUAAAACAUCUUGACAAGAUAGCCGAGUUAUUCCCCGUUUCUUCAGAUAAUAUUGAACCAUUGGUUGAGGUAGCUAUGACUACUUUAGGUUCAAAAAUAAUCAAUAAGUGUCAUAGACAGAUGGCAGAAAUAGCUGUUAAAGCUGUUAUGGCGGUAGCUGAUUUGAAAACUAAGGAUGUUAAUUUUGAACUUAUCAAAGUUGAAGGCAAAGUAGGAGGUCGUUUGGAAGACACAAUAUUGGUCAAAGGAGUUGUAAUUGAUAAAACAAUGUCCCAUCCUCAGAUGCCAAAAGAAUUGAAAAAUGUAAAAUUGGCUAUUCUCACUUGCCCAUUUGAACCCCCAAAACCUAAAACUAAACAUAAGUUGGAUGUUACCAGUGUAGAAGAUUACAAAGAGUUGAGGCAAUAUGAACAAGAUAAAUUCAAUGAAAUGGUUUCAUUAGUUAAAAAUGCUGGUGCUACCUUGGCCAUUUGUCAGUGGGGAUUCGACGAUGAGGCUAAUCACCUACUUCUUCAGAGAGAGCUACCCGCUGUACGUUGGGUAGGUGGCCCAGAGAUUGAACUCAUCGCCAUAGCUACUGGCGGAAGAAUUGUCCCUCGUUUUGAGGAACUCAACGAGCAGAAGCUUGGAAAGGCUGGUUUGGUCAGAGAGUUAUGCUUUGGAACUACGAAAGACAGGAUGUUGGUUAUUGAAGAUUGUUCAAACUCAAGAGCAGUCACAAUUUUGAUCAGAGCAGGAAAUCAAAUGAUAGUCGACGAGGCUAAGAGAAGCAUUCACGAUGCCUUGUGUGUGGUCAGAAGUCUGAUUCAGGAACCUAGGGUGGUUUACGGAGGAGGUGCCGCUGAAAUCUCUUGCAGUCUGGCAGUUGCUGCACAGGCUGAUCAAUUGGCAUCUUUGGAGCAAUAUGCCUUCAGAAGCUUUGCCGAGGCUUUGGAAUCGAUUCCACUUGCUUUGGCUGAAAACAGUGGUUUGUCUGCUAUUCACGCUCUCGGAGAAAUGAAGGCAAAACAAACUACAACCAAAGAUCAUGCCCUUGGAAUUGAUUGUAUGCAAACAGGCAACAGUAACAUGAGGGAACAACAUGUUAUUGAAUCUUUGAAAUCUAAGAAGCAACAAUUGCUCUUGGCGACUCAAUUAGUUAAAAUGAUUCUAAAAAUUGAUGAUGUGAGGUCUCCCCAAGAUGCUCAUGGACUGUAAGAUGAUUCCAGUUGACAUCUACUUUUUCGUAUUAACACUUUUAAGACUAACUUUCAAAAUGUUAUUUAAGGUUUCUAUUUAAUCAGAAAUAAAAAUAAAACAAU